CAGAGAUAAGCCUUGGGGAGGGCCAGGAGGGCUGGAAGGUCCUUCUUAGUGGGACAGGAGACUCUAGGAAGCCACCCGCUCAUACCCUUGCUGGAAUUUAUUUCUAGAAGGUUAGAGAAGAAAAGGCCUCCAGAGCCCCCUUAGGACACCAGGAGCUGCAGACUUCAGUGCUGGCCACUACUAUGAAUGAAAUGGCCAGGCGGCUGAGUCUGUGAGGACUCGGAAGAGGACGUGACCAGUGACUUAGUGCCGCUUCCCAAACCCAGUGGAGAUGCUGGAGUCGCUGGUGAGGGCAGGCAGGACCGCUGUGGGGCUGGAGGAGACGAGAAUUCUCCAGCCAACUUCUGGGAUUCUAAAAACAGGGGUGUGACGGGAACACAGAAAGGACAGAUCGUGUGGAGAAUCGAGCCUGGGCCCUACUUCAUGGAGCCGGAGAUAAAAAUCUGCUUCAAAUACUACCACGGCAUCAGCGGAGCUCUGCGGGCCACCACGCCCUGCAUCACCGUGAAGAACCCGGCUGUGAUGAUGGGGGCAGAAGGCAUGGAAGGAGGCGUGUCAGGAAACCUACAUUCCCGGAAGCUGGUGAGCUUCACACUGUCAGACCUUAGGGCAGUUGGGCUAAAGAAAGGGAUGUUCUUCAACCCUGACCCUUACCUUAAGAUGUCCAUCCAGCCAGGGAAGAAGAGCAGCUUCCCCACCUGUGCCCACCACGGCCAGGAGAGAAGGUCAACCAUCAUCAGCAACACCACCAACCCGAUCUGGCACCGAGAGAAAUACUCCUUUUUUGCACUGCUAACUGAUGUCUUAGAAAUUGAGAUUAAAGACAAAUUUGCCAAGAGCCGUCCCAUCAUCAAGCGCUUCCUGGGGAAACUGACCAUCCCGGUGCAGAGGCUGCUGGAGCGCCAGGCCAUCGGAGAUCAGAUGCUGAGCUACAACCUGGGCAGGAGGCUCCCGGCCGACCACGUGAGCGGGUACCUGCAGUUCAAGGUGGAAGUCACGUCCUCCGUGCACGAGGAUGCAUCUCCUGAAGCGGUCGGCUCGAUCCUGGGAGUCGGCACCGUGAACGGGGACCUCGGAAGCCCCUCCGAUGAUGAGGACAUGCCCGGGAGCCGCCAGGACAGUCCGGGCUGUGCCAACGGGGCAGUGUCUGAGGACAGCACCACGGACGUCACGCCCAAGCACUCUUUCAGGACUAGCUCCACGCUGGAGAUGGACACGGAGGAGCUGACCUGUGCUUCUUCGCGCACCUCCCCGCCCAGGGGCCGCCAGGACUCUCUCAAUGAUUACUUAGAUGCUCUGGAGCACAAUGGCCCCUCCCGGCCGGGGGCUGCGACCUCAGCCGAGCGGCCCAUGGGCGCCUCCCCGAAACUUAGGAGCAGCUUUCCCACGGACACCAGGCUCAGUGCCAUGCUGCACAUCGACUCCGACGAGGAGGAGCACGAGCUCCAGCAGGACCUCGGCUUCCCGUCCUCCUUGGAGGAGGACGGAGGGCUGGUCAUGCUCGGCAGGGCACCCAGGGCUGACGAGGGGAGCCUGAGCUCUCAGACCAAGCUGGAGGAUGCCAACCCAGUGGACCUGGAGGAACGCUCCAUGCCCGAGGCUGCAUCCUCUGAGGAUAAGCCGGAGGAUCUUCCCGAGCUGGCCGAGGGCUCCGAGGGCCCGGCCCCCGAGGAGUGUGAAGCUGUUGGCCCAGACUCCCAGCCUGGGUCAGAGCAGGGCAGCACGGAGCUGUGCGGCUCCCAGGAGGCUGAGCAACCCAUGAGCGGGGCAGACACGGGCACCCCCGACACGUCCGGGGGCAGUCGCAGGGCCAUCAGCGAGGCUGAGUCCCUGGACCAGGGCUCCGAGCCCUCGCAGGUGUCCUCGGAGACUGAGCCCAGUGACCCUGCCAGGACAGAGAGCGUGAGUGAGGCCAGCACUAGGCCCGAGGGUGAGAGUGACCUGGAGGGCGCCGACAGCUCCUGCAACGAGAGCGUGGCCACGCAGCUGUCCUCGGUGGACACACGCUGCUCCUCGCUGGAGAGCGCGCGCUUCCCCGAGACUCCAGCCUUCUCCUCACAGGAGGACGAGGAUGGAGCCUGUGCGGCUGCUGAGCACCCAGGCCGCGGGCCAGGCCCAGAGGCCUUGUGCACCCCAGGGAUGUUGCCAGCUGUUCAGGUGCCUGGCAUGCAAGAGGAUGCAGCACCCGAGCCUGAGGAGCUGGGCGAGGUCUGGCAGCGCAGGGCGGGCCUGGAGGGCGCCACGGCCAUGGAGAGCCAGGAGCUAGGAGAGGAGGAGGCCGGGGAGGAUGCGGGGGAGGACGCUGGAGCCUGCGAAGGGGCCACAGCGCAGGUGCGCGAAGAGGAGGGCGCCACAGGAGGUUCGCCAGCCAACGGCCACCAGCCUUUGCGGUCGCUGCCUUCGGUGCGCCAGGAUGUCAGCCGGUACCAGAGGGUGGACGAGGCUCUCCCGCCAAACUGGGAGGCACGUAUCGAUAGCCACGGCAGGAUCUUCUACGUGGACCAUGUGAACAGGACCACAACGUGGCAGCGGCCCACAGCCCCGCCGGCCCCCCAGGUGCUGCAGAGGUCGAACUCCAUCCAGCAGAUGGAGCAGCUGAACCGGCGUUACCAGAGCAUCCGCAGAACCAUGACCAACGAGAGGCCGGAGGAGAACGCCAGCACUAUGGAUGGGGCUGGGGAGGAAGCCGACUUUCACCAAACCAGCGCAGACUUCCGCCGGGAGAGCGUCCUGCCGCACUCUACCUCCAGAUCCAGGCUCACGCUGCUGUUACAGUCGCCCCCCGUGAAGUUCCUCAUCAGCCCAGAGUUCUUCACCGUGCUGCAUUCUAACCCUAGUGCCUACCGCAUGUUUACAAACAACACGUGUUUGAAGCACAUGAUCACCAAAGUCCGCCGGGACACGCACCACUUCGAGCGCUACCAGCAUAACCGGGACCUCGUGGGCUUCCUCAACAUGUUUGCCAACAAGCAGCUUGAGCUGCCGAGGGGCUGGGAGAUGAAACAGGACCAUCAGGGCAAGGCAUUCUUUGUGGACCACAACUCCAGGACCACCACGUUCAUCGACCCUCGGCUCCCACUGCAGAGCAGCAGGCCGACCAGUGCCCUGGCCCACCGGCAGCACCUGACCAGGCAGCGCAGCCACAGCGCGGGGGAGGUGGGAGAGGACUCCCGGCACGCGGGGCCACCCGUCCUUCCCCGGCCGUCCAGUACGUUCAACACAGUCAGCCGGCCACAGUACCAGGACAUGGUUCCAGUGGCUUACAAUGACAAGAUCGUUGCAUUUCUGCGUCAACCUAACAUCUUUGAAAUUCUGCAGGAGCGUCAGCCCGAUCUUACCAGGAAUCACUCACUCAGGGAGAAGAUCCAAUUUAUCAGAACGGAAGGGACCCCAGGAUUGGUGCGCCUCUCGAGUGACGCAGACCUUGUGAUGCUGCUGAGCUUGUUUGAAGAAGAGAUAAUGUCCUAUGUGCCUCCACACGCCUUACUGCACCCCAGCUACUGUCAGUCCCCACGCGGCUCCCCUGUGUCCUCGCCCCAGAACUCACCAGGUACUCAGCGUGCCAACGCCCGGGCCCCGGCCCCCUACAAGCGAGAUUUUGAAGCCAAACUAAGAAACUUUUACAGGAAGUUAGAGACUAAAGGAUACGGACAAGGCCCAGGGAAAUUAAAGUUAAUUAUCCGAAGAGAUCACUUGCUGGAAGAUGCUUUUAAUCAGAUCAUGGGCUACUCCAGAAAAGACCUGCAGAGGAACAAGCUGUAUGUCACCUUCGUCGGGGAGGAAGGGCUGGAUUACAGUGGGCCUUCCAGAGAGUUUUUCUUCCUGGUAUCCAGAGAGCUCUUUAACCCCUAUUAUGGCUUGUUUGAAUAUUCAGCCAACGACACGUACACAGUACAGAUAAGCCCCAUGUCUGCCUUCGUAGACAAUCACCAUGAGUGGUUCCGGUUCAGUGGUAGGAUCCUUGGCCUUGCGUUAAUACACCAGUAUUUGUUGGAUGCCUUCUUCACACGGCCCUUUUAUAAGGCUCUUCUCAGAAUCCUGUGUGAUCUGAGCGAUCUCGAGUACCUGGAUGAGGAGUUCCACCAGAGCCUGCAGUGGAUGAAGGACAACGACAUCCAUGACAUCCUGGACCUCACGUUCACCGUGAAUGAGGAAGUGUUUGGGCAGAUUACUGAACGGGAACUAAAGCCAGGGGGUGCCAAUAUCCCAGUGACGGAGAAGAACAAGAAGGAGUACAUCGAGAGGAUGGUGAAAUGGCGCAUCGAGCGUGGCGUGGUGCAGCAGACAGAGAGCCUGGUGCGCGGCUUCUACGAGGUGGUGGAUGCCCGGCUGGUCUCCGUGUUUGAUGCACGCGAACUGGAGCUGGUCAUAGCAGGCACGGCUGAGAUAGACUUGAGCGACUGGCGAAGCAACACGGAAUACAGAGGAGGGUACCACGACAAUCACAUCGUCAUCCGGUGGUUCUGGGCUGCUGUAGAAAGGUUCAACAAUGAGCAGCGCCUCCGGUUGCUGCAGUUUGUCACGGGCACGUCCAGCAUUCCCUACGAAGGAUUCGCUUCUCUGCGGGGCAGCAAUGGCCCCAGAAGGUUCUGUGUGGAGAAGUGGGGGAAAAUCACUGCUCUUCCCAGAGCCCACACGUGCUUUAACCGCCUGGACCUGCCCCCGUACCCGUCCUUCUCCAUGCUGUACGAGAAGCUGCUGACGGCGGUGGAGGAAACCAGCACCUUCGGGCUCGAGUGAGCUGCGCCCCGGAGCCCCGCUCGCUGGGGACAGGCGAUUCCGAGGUUGGCCGCCAGGAGCCAGGCUGGACACGAACGAGCGCCCGGGGAGCAGGCUCCGGCGGAGCCGGCCCAGCGCGGUCGCCUCCAGGAACUCGUGCUCUCCGCUGGCGAUGGGCCACGCACCUCUCGCAAGGAUUAGGGGCAGCUUGAUGCCCAGGAAACAACGCGACGGUCUUUCAAUCAACAGUUCUUGACUGCCAAACAUUUUCCAUUUCUUAUGCUCCAAGACAAAGGCGAACCUGUCCACGACCAGCUCCACGGUAAUUGGUAGGGACUCAGGAGAACCUUGAAACUUACCCUUGAACGUGGUUCGAGCCCCACUGGCAGCACUUGGCCCAAUCUCCAAAUCAGAGCAACUUAUUAAUAUAAUAAAAAAGUAUAUUUCCUGAAAGUACAUUCAUUUACGCCCCAAGUUACAGUGGAAUAUUCAUUUCUUGCUUGUAAGUGUCUGCAUGGUGCGCACUCCGUGUCGUAGCCCUCAUGGGACCCAAGCGAACCUGAACCCCAGGCAAAAUAAGGUAACUUGGAAGACUUGCAAUAAGGUGGCUUGUGACAAUGUGUAUGCAAAUGGUAUGUGUGUAAUUACAGCUGAAGCUGGCUGAUAGUCAAUGAAUUACUAAGGACAGAUUCUAUGCUUUAUAAUGCAUGAAAACAAUUUUAAAAUAGCAAUUAAUCACAGCCUAUCAGGAAAAUGUACACAGUGAGUUCUGUUUAUUUUUGAUGGGUUCAUUGUGUUUCUGUUCCGUGAGAUGUACAUAAGAGCCUCCCAUCACCCCGGGUGUCUCCCCCAUUGACGUGUUCCAUGCUUUCUUGGGCAUCAUGUUAGUCUGUAUCCUUUUAAGCACUCUCAAGGGAACAAAAGGGCCUUUUAUUUUUAUAAAGGUAAAAAAAAAA